GCUUUUUCCGGAAAAAGUGGCCAGUCUAGAUACAGCCGAGUAGUUGUAGCUGAUAGGAAUGUGUGGACUCCUGCUACUAUAGCGCUUUACAGUUGCACUUAAACCUUUCCAUUCAUUUCCUGACUGGGGGGGAGGGGGGAUUACUGGCAUAACUAUGCUUGUCUAAUUGUACUUAAUUUGUUGUUGGCCCUAGACUGAAUAAGAGACAUGGUGGGAGGAGGAGGAUCCUAGGAAGCAAGAGAUCUUGGGAUUCCUAAUUUUGGAAGGAGGAUCUGCCAGACAGACAACAAAGCAGGAUUCCUCCCUAAAGGCAGAAUCUAAGUUAAAGUUCUCUGUACCUGUAUGAAGCAAAAAACAGGCAGGAAAGGCUGCUGUGCAUAAGUCUGCAACAGAAACAUCACUGAGGUAAUCAGUAGAGCCCUGCUUCUCCUUGUCUCAGACCGAAUAAGCCUGGAGAUUGUUAAUAUUCAAGUCAGCCAGGCCAUAGCAAUCUGAAAUGCAGUCAGCCAUUUAAAGAUGGUCCUCCUAAUGAUGAAAUUGGCUGGAGAAAGACUUGGAAGAGGUGAAAGAGCUAAUGAAAAAAGCCACUAGGAAAAGAGUUUAUGAUAUCUUGAUAGCAGAAAAAUACAAGCUAGAGAUGGAAAUCAAGAAUCUGCCAGCAAUCAAGAUAAAAGAAGAGGCUAUGGAGGAAGAGAAACCGCCAACUGUGGGAUACACAGUGAAAAUCAACAGCUAUGGUUGGGAUCAGUCAGAUAAGUUUGUGAAGAUUUACAUCACGUUAAAUGGAGUGCAGCAGCUUCCGGCUGAGAAUGUGCAGGUCCACUUUACGGAGAGGUCAUUUGAUCUUCUAGUGAAGAAUCUGAAUGGGAAGAAUUACUCUAUGACCUUCAAUAACCUUUUGAAACCCAUCUCUGUGGAAGGCAGCUCAAGGAAGAUCAAGACGGAUAUGAUCCUUGUGUUGUGUAAGAAGAAACAGGAUGAAAAGUGGGAUUGUCUGACUCAGGUGGAAAAAGAGAGCAAGGAAAAAGAUGGUUGCGUAGUUAAGAUGGAGCGAUCAAAAAGGAGUGCUGCCUGGAAUCAUUUCACAAAAAUAAGUGAAGACGCUGUUAGAUGUAAACUGUGUUCUGGAGAGCUGAAAUAUGCAAAGAGUACCGGAUCAAUGCUCAACCAUUUGAAGCUGAAACAUCCAUUUCUUUCAUGUGACACAGAAAGCAGAAAUCAAGCAGCGCUGACAGCGUUUAUUUCUGGCAAUUCAAGAAAAUGUACCGCAGAACGCGAGGAACAACUAACAGAAUUGUUGUGCACCAUGAUCACUACAGACAUGCUACCUGUGAGUGUCAUUGAGGGUUCAGGUUUUCGUGCACUGAUGAAUUUCGUAGAACCAGAAUACAAUGUGCCUGUGAGACAGACAAUAACUUUGCGAUUAGAAAAGUGCUAUGAAGCCUGCGUGAAGUCUCUCCGUCAAAAAUUGGACAAAGCUGUUCAAGUAGCUUUCACCACUGACUGCUGGACGGCAUUAACUACAGAAAGCUACAUGACUAUCACUUGUCAUUACAUUGAAAAUUGGGAGCUUCGAUCCUCAGUUCUGCAAACGGAAAGUCUCGCAGAACGACAUACAGCAGAAAACCUUGCUGCAAAAUUAAAUACUGCAGUGGACAGAUGGGGACUGGCAGGCCGUGUCCUGGCGUGCGUACAUGACAAUGCAAGCAACAUUGUGCUUGCCAACACACCAAGGUAUGUUGCAUGGGAAUCCAUCAGUUGUUUUGCUCAUACCUUGCAGCUAGCCAUAAGUGAUGGAUUCUCUGUCAGUCGUGUGGAAUGUGCUGUUACAGCUGCUCGUAAACUGGUUGCACACUUCCACCACAGCCCCGUGGCCACAAAAGCACUGGAAAGAAAACAAAUUCAGCUUCAGGUUCAUCAACACAGUCUGAUCCAGUCCUCUAAAACUUGCUGGAAUUCCGUAUAUGACAUGUUCGAAAGACUCAGUGAGCAAAGGUGGGCUAUAACAGCUGUGCUUUCAGAUAGCAACGUAACAAAACAGUCUGAUGCCCGAAUGCUUCAGCUGCAAGAUGAGCACUGGCAAUUAAUAGAGGAUCUCUUACCGGUGCUUUCUACUUUAAAGUGCGCAACAACUGUCAUGUCUGCUGAACAGUCAGCUUUAAUUUCCAAUAUUUAUCCAAUUUGCAACAGUCUUCUCCAAACUCACCUCAAAAGCGAAGCUUCUGCUGAAAACGCAACUGUCACUGCCUUCAAGAGUGCUGUUAGUUGUUCUCUGGAGCGCCACAUGACACCCAGUGAUCCUGAAAUAACUGGCAAACCAGCACUUAUUGCCUCCUUGUUAGAUCCACGCCAUAAACACCUGCGGUUUCUUUCACCGGUUGUCCAGGUUGCUGCUAAGGCAAAGCUUCUAGAGCUUGCAUCCAGAUUAGAAAUAGAAGAACUUCCAAGUGCUGGAGCUGAACUGCGAGGUGCCGAGCCAGAUGAGCUGGAAGAGCCACCACUGAAGAAAAAGACGAGUGCCAUAGUGAUGCUUCUAGGUGAAGGUUACACGGAAAAGGAGAAUGAGGACGCUGUGGAAAAAGAACUGGAAGAUUACUUCAGGGAGCCUUGCCUUUCCUUGGAAAGCAGUCCACUGGAGUGGUGGAAGAUGAAUGGCCAGCGCUUUCCACGACUUGCGAAACUGGCAAACAGUUACCUGUGCAUUCCCGGAACAUCUGUGCCUGCAGAACGUGUGUUUUCUAACGCUGGCCUGACUGUUAAUCGGCUCCGCUCCAGACUGACACCAGAGCAUGUCAACAUGUUAAUUUUUCUUAACAAAAAUAAGCAGUAGAAUUGAAAGAGUAAUCUGACGUGUUGGGCUUUGGACAGCUCAGGGAUACAAUGAGCAAAGUUUAAAAAGUUAGUUUAAUUUUCACACACAAGGCUGGGCUGUUUUUCUUGUUAAUAAAGGCAUUUGAAUACAUAGGUGUGGCUGAUUCAUUGUGAGCCCUUGGCACUGGAACAUCUGUAGUGCAGGUGCAAACACGGCCAAGCUGAAAUGCCAGGUACACCUGGAAGGGAUCCGGGGCUAGCAGCAGGGACCAUAGUUCCCUGUCGAGAGCACGCUUGCGUACCCGUAGAAGAGGAAAGGAAAGGCCACGCGUCUAAUUGAUGGCAGGCAUGGCUUUGGUUCCACUAAUUAGGUGCCUUUGAGGACCCUAAAGAAGUGUGGAAAGUGAGCAGAGGUGGGGAAAAUUGAUGGGUCAGGUGGGGUUUGGGAUGUCCCACUCCCAGCCAGGCUGCCUUGGACAGCCAGGGAAAUCCCUGCUGCAGCUGGCAGGCAGAGGAGCAUUCCACUCCAUGCAGCCCCAGCUGGCCUGGAAUUGUGAGCUUCAGCUGUACUGAGGCAGCAGGGAGAAGACAGUCUACCUCCAUUUCAGCCCACCUGGGCUUUGGGAACUGGGAGAAACUGAAAGUCUGAGCUCCAGCUGCACUGGGCAGCAGGAAGAGGGGGGGGAUUCCCUUUAAGCCCCAGCAGGGCUAGGAGGAGACAGACAAAUUCUGGCUGGAGAAGAACUCCAGUAACUGUUGGAUUUCUUUAAAAAAUAAGUCUUGUAUUUUUAACCUGUCAAGUCUGACUGAGCCUGGCUGCACUGGCACUGACCAGGAGAGAUGCCUCCUCCCAAAUCAUUUCUAAAACUUAAUGGAAACCGCUUGGAUUCCAGACAAGUGAUUUCCAUUAGGUUUUACUAUUUGUUUGGGGACAGGCACUAGAUCACGUGUAGUUCCAGUUCUUCAGAGUAGCUCAGUGACUCAUAAGAAAGAAGCACUAGGUUUAGUGUUGUGCUUGCGGGAUGAAGACCUUAUUUGCAAGCUCUGGGAUGCAGGGAUAGAAUCAUAGGACUGGAAGGGACCUCGAGAGGUCAUCGAGUCCAGCCC